CGGUUUGGGGAGGACUCUGAUGACCGUCACAGUCGCCUACAGGGCGUGCACUCGCUGUUGCUAUGCGAGCAAGGGGCAGGGAACGAAGGGGUGCCGCGUGGCUGCUCCGCUAGGGCUGCGGCGCGGGUGGGGACGCGUUUCCUGCGCCGGGGACGCCGCGGCCGCUCUGCGCCCUGCGCCCUGCGCCCUCGGAGCUGGCCUCGCCCGCGCGCCCGCCUCGAGCGGCGCUCCUUAAACGCUGCUCCUUGGAGCAGGGCUCAGGACUCGGGACCUCAGGUGCCACGCGCGAGAGGACUCGGGUGACCUGAUGAUGUGCGAGAGGCGAAUGCACUCGCCGCGCGGAAGUUGCUGGGAACUUUGAUAAGGAGGGCUUCACUGUGGGCAGGUCACCCUAACGCGCGAGGAGGACUGGCAGAGCCCGCGAGGACAGCGUCAGCGGGGCUGGAGUCUGCGGCAGGCCUCCGAGGACCGCACUGUCCUCACCGAGAGGAAGGAGGCCUGCGCUCCCUUCCAGCGAGUCUGGCGCCUGGAAAGAAGGCGUUUUCUCCUGCGGGUCGGGUGUGCAGCCGGAACAGCUGCAUUGCUGCCUGCUGACUGCAGGGAUGCAAGCAGCAGCCGAAGAACUCUGAAAUGCAUCCGUAGCGAUUCGUAGGCAUUUCCCCAGGGCUUAAACACACUCAGCAGAGCUAAAGCUUCAAAUGCAGCCCCCUUUGGGGAUGGAUCUGGAGAGCCUGUUGCCACUCAUCAAAGAAGCACUCUUCUUUUUUGGAAGUGGAUACUCAUGUAACCCUUGCUGAGAAAGACUGAUGGAAAUUAGCAGGGAAGACCCCUGACUGGCGCUGUGUAGAAGUUCAUACGCAGAUUUUUGUUUUUUGUUUUUCUUAUUUUUGAGGAACUGCAUUGCCACAGAGACACUUGUCAUGGCUGCUCUUUUGAUUUGAAAAGAAAAGGAAAAACCCAGGAAAUUGGUAUUUUAUGCUCACCUGGGGGGUGAAUGCCCCUUUUUAUUCUAUUCAAAAAUUUCUGCUGCCUUCCAAAUCAGAAUUCAUCAGGAUUCGCUGAAGAUCUUAUUCUUAAAAAGCCUCCGUCACAUUUUAACGCACGGCUGUUAGACACUGUCACAGGCUCACGCAGAUGGGCUGAGCAGGGGAGAGCAAAACCUAACAGGAUAAUGGGUUUCAGAAAGUUCACUUGACCGUUUGAAGGAACUGGAUUUACCUUUGGCACAAAUGCAGAGUGGGGGUGUAUAGGGAGGUGAAAAAACCCUACGGUUGGAAAGAAAUAUCUGGGAAGGUAGAAAAGGAAAAUUGAGAAUUGAUUGGCUCUAGUGUGCUGUCAGCGGGUGGAUGUCGUUUCUUCUUCUUCUUCUUUUUUUUUUUUUUGCUACAGGAAGUGAUUUGCGGUGCUCACCGAGCCUUUGUUGAGAAGGGUCUCCUCUCAGAGUGAGUCAUGCUUUAGCUGUGCGCUGCCCGAGCAGCUGGCGCUCUGUCAGAGGCAACUAUGACUUUUGCAAAGCAAACGUGCAACCCCAAGCAGCGGUCUCCCGGGCUGGGGCUGCGUGGCCGCUGUUGUGCUGGCUUUUAAUGGUGGGAGGGCACCGUUCUUUGGCUCUGCUCUCCCUCUCCCGGGGACCCCACUCUCCGUCCCGCUCCGGGGACCGUGGCUCGCCUGCUAUGCGCGGCAGCCCGCGCCGGGGCCGGCACCAGCAGCGCCCAGGCGGAUGCAGCGAGCCCACGGAGGGGCAUGCUUCCACGCACCAAGUACAACCGCUUCAGGAAUGACUCGGUGACAUCGGUGGAUGACCUUCUCCAUAGCCUGUCGGUGAGCGGCGGCGGCAAGGUCUCCGCUGAGCGCGCGACCCCGGCGGCGGCCCCCUACCUGGUGUCCGGCGAGGCGCUGCGAAAGGCGCCCGACGAUGGGCCAGGCAGCCUGGGCCACCUGCUCCACAAGGUGUCCCACCUGAAACUCUCCAGCUCGGGCCUCCGCGGCCUGUCGUCCGCCGCCCGGGAGCGGAGCGGCGCGCGGCUCUCGGGCAGCUGCAGCGCGCCCAGCCUGGCGGCCCCGGACGGCAGCGCGCCCCCGGCGCCCGGCGCCCCGGCCAUGAGCGCCGCCAGGAAGGGCCGGCAGGGCGACGAGCCGCUGCCCAGGCCCCCUCGGGGGAUGCCGCACGCCAGCGACCAGGUGCUGGGGCCUGGAGUCACCUACGUCGUCAAGUACUUGGGGUGCAUUGAAGUUCUACGCUCAAUGAGGUCCCUUGACUUCAGUACAAGAACACAAAUUACCAGAGGAUUUCCUAUCCUCAGGGCAUACCAGGCUGGGAGAAGACGGACAUCAGGGAAGAAGGGCAGGGAAGCCAUCAGCCGAGUCUGCGAAGCUGUCCCUGGUGCCAAAGGAGCCUUCAGGAAGAGAAAGCCUCCGAGCAAAAUGCUGUCGAGCAUCUUGGGAAAGAGCAACCUCCAGUUUGCGGGGAUGAGCAUUUCUCUGACCAUCUCCACCGCCAGUCUGAACCUGCGGACACCUGACUCCAAACAGAUCAUAGCGAACCACCACAUGCGGUCCAUCUCCUUUGCCUCCGGGGGAGACCCGGACACAACAGACUAUGUUGCAUACGUCGCUAAGGACCCUGUUAAUCGCAGAGCUUGCCACAUUCUGGAAUGCUGCGACGGGCUGGCCCAAGACGUCAUUGGCUCCAUCGGACAAGCCUUCGAGCUCCGGUUUAAGCAGUAUCUGCAGUGUCCUGCCAAGAUCCCUGCUCUCCACGAUCGAAUGCAGAGCCUGGAUGAGCCAUGGGUGGAAGAGGAGGGGGAGGGUGCAGACCGCCCCUACUACAACAGCGUUCCAAGCACGAUGCCUCCUCCAGGGGGGUUUCUUGAUGCUCGGCUGAAAACCAAACCCCAUGCUCCUGACACGGCCCAGUUUGCAGGAAAAGAGCAAACUUAUUACCAGGGAAGACACUUAGGAGACACGUUUGGCGAAGAUUGGCAGCAAACACCUGUCAGGCAAGGGUCCUUGGACAUCUACAGCACGUCAGAAGGGAGACAGCACGUGGCCCCCACGGGACAGGUACCCACCUACAUCAACACCCAGCAGAUGCCGUCCCAGGCCUGGCCGGCUGUGGGCAGCAGUGCCGAGAGCAGCCCGAGAAAAGACCUCUUUGACAUGAAACCUUUUGAAGAUGCUCUCAAGAACCAGUCCUUGGGGCCCAUGCUGAGCAAAGCAGCAUCUGUGGAGUGCAUCAGCCCUGUGUCACCCAGAGCGCCGGAUGCCCAGAUGCUGGAGGAACUGAACACCAAGCCUUGGUACCAAGGAGAGAUGAGCAGAAAGGAGGCAGAGGGGUUGUUGGAGAACGAUGGAGACUUCCUGGUCAGGAAGAGCACCACCAACCCGGGUUCCUUUGUCCUCACGGGCAUGCACAAUGGGCAGGCCAAGCACCUGCUGCUUGUGGACCCCGAAGGCACGAUCCGGACAAAGGACAGAGUCUUCGACAGCAUCAGCCACCUCAUCAGCCACCACCUGGACAGCAGCCUGCCCAUCGUGUCUGCCGGGAGCGAGCUGAGCCUCCAGCAGCCGGUGGAGAGGAGGCAGUGACCCGGCCAGCGUCUCUCCGGACGCCGUGCGCCAGGUCGGGGGACCUGGGAGAGGGACUGGGGCAGCUGCCCGUGGCUCAGAGCCUUGUUCAAAAGACCCCAAAGGAAGGCUUCCUUCAAGGUCAAGUUUCAUAAACUUAUUCCAGGUUUCUCAUAUGCAUAUUAAAGGUGUACAUACCUAUAAUCCCUGUACAAAUUAUCCCUCUAUAUUUAUAUUUUUUAAGACUAAGAAAGAUGUAAGACUCAUGCUCUGUGCCAUAUGUUUUUAAUGAAAAAAAUGUUUGGCUGUAGUUGUCCACGCAAAAAUCUAAUUCAACUGACCCUUUCCACCAGGAAAUUCCAGUAGGAAGGUGUAACGUGCAGUCCUACCUGCUAAGCACAGUUCGAGGGGAAUAGCGGCAGCAGGGGCCAAACACAGGCGCACUGGGUAAGGCACCAUGCUGCCCAAGGACGUCUAGCGCUGCGCUUACAGCACUGCGACACGUUGGUCCUGGGCUUGCUAGAGGGGGUGGGCGUCCUCCUUGGGCUGCUGGCCGUGCCCCCUGUGCUCCCCGCAUCGCACGCCACGCGCUCGGGGUGUCUGGCCCCAGACAACUCUCUGCAGCUUCGCUACAGAGCAGGCAGCACGCCAGCGUCCCGGGCCUCGCUGAGCGCAGGAACCCAUCACCUUCGAUCCUGGUUGUGCUGGGGCACUUGGGGAUUCGCUUUGUGCCAAACAUGGCACAAAACGCACCUCGCCAACCAAGGUCUCCAUUGACAAAUGCUUCCCUUGCUCUCAUCCUUCCAAUGACAAAAUGAGUACUGUAGCGCGUAGUCGAGGCAAAGGCUCGCUCUACACAUCCUCGGGACAGCAGAGGAGCUCCGGGCCCCUGGUGGCGGCUGCAGUAAACUGGCUCCCUCCUGUGUUCAGCGGGGAGAGGGCUGUGCAAGAGCCCGCUGCGGCGGGCACGCCCGUCCAGGCCCGGAGACGCGGGCACCAGCUGACGGGCCUGGGUCUGCGUGAGCCGGAAGCUUGGUCUGGGGCUUGGGCGUCCCUGGACUCAGUUUGCAGUUCCACCUCUGGAGCGACAGAGGGAGAGAUGCCUGCUCCACGCGGUGGGCGUGCGCCCACGCCACACUUGCCUGCACUCCCUCCCUUCCCGAUGAAACGCUGUCGUGUCCCAGUGGGUCACUCAGUGUUUGGAGAUGGCAAUGUUUAUAACUCUUUAAAAAUACCCGGGCUGAGACUGCCCUGUGAUUUGACAGGUGUCGCUUACGCGAUAGGUGGAUCCAUUCAUUCGUCUACACCUCCUCACGGUGCUGCAGCCUUGGUUCUUGUCCCUGUGAGGCCCGCAGGGUAGGCACUGGGACCGGCUGAAUGGAGAGAUGCCCCAACUUAGAUUUGGAUGGUGAUAAAUGUGAUGCUUUAAGGGGAGACUGUCAAACAUCCAGUGGUUAAUAAUUCUGUGACAUUCUAAUGCUAAGGGUGCGAACCCGGUUCUGCUUUGGCGGUGCGUGUGGCCAGAUGGGAGGACAGGGGAGGGCUAACACGUGAGGAUCAGUCAAAACAGGUCCCGAGCUUCAUGCGUAGCCUUCUUUGGAGGUUUGCCCUUUGCGGGCCCAGUGAAAUCCAAGUCCGCGUUCCAGGGUGUUCUGCAGUGGAGCGGAACUCUGCAGAGCCUGGCACGAGCUAGACCGCCCUGCUGCUUCCUGAACCGGCGUCAGGGUUGGAUACGGGGCUGAGCAGGCAGGCCGGGCCAGGCUCCUGCCAUGGAGCAGUGUGGUCAGUGGCUCUGACAGCUGCCCUCUUCUCCCGUCCCCUGGGAGGCCUGUAGCCCUGGCGAGGCCCGCCCCUCCUGUGUGUGAGUGUGCGCUGCAUAUGGGAAUGUAGAAAAUUACCUUCUUCAACAUUCUUGCGUUCUCCACGUGUUCAAGGCCAAAAUGCUAAUGUUAAGGAACACAAGCAAAGUAAGAAAUGAAAGUUAAGAGCCAUGAGCAUCGUAAUGGCUGAUCUACUUUAUCAUUCCUCUCCAAGGGCCCUAAGAAAUAGUAAUCCGCAAUUUCAGUAGCUCUCUGCUGUGAAGUAGGAGUUUAUUUCGAUGACGAUAAGCAAUAUACAUAUAGAAAAUAUUUUUGCAUGAGAAUCAAUUUAGAAAAUUAAAAGUACUGGGGUCAAAUUUUUCUUUUCAAUAUUAAUUUGAAAUGCAUAUUUUGAGCUCUUAAUACAAGAUUGCUUACACUGGAACAGUGCCGGUGGAAAAACUGGCACUCCUUAGCCAUCAGAGCAGACUUCAGACGUGGUGGAUGGCAGCGACUUGCUAAUUCUUUUCCAGUUGUAAAGCGUGUUA